GGAUGGUUUCCAGCCGUUACAAACCAGUCAGUAGUUACAACACGUAUCUUUCUCACCAGGUGGAGUAUGGAGAAUUAAGAAAUGGAAUUUUGAAACUGAUCAGCACUUUACGCGCACAGAGGAAGUACCUUACAACCUUUGCCUGUGAGGGUACCGUACUUCAGUUAUCUUGUAGCCAUGACAACUCAAUCAAGAUUAUUCGUGCUAAUUAUGGUAGAUUCAGCAUUACUAUUUGUAACAAGGAAGCAGAGUUAAACUGGAGUGUCGACUGUGCUGCUGAGAGGUCUUACUAUGUCCUCUAUGAAAGAUGUGCCUUUACUUCAAGCUGUAGUCUUAACGUCACGAGCGCCACCUUUGGAGAUCCCUGUCCAGGAACUUUCAAGUACUUAGAAGUACAUUAUGAAUGCCUAUCAGAAUUCACAGCACGAGGCACAACUGUUUCUAUGACAACCGAUACCAUGACAACUGCAAGGUUUCCCAUUAUCUUUCCACCUUGGAGACCCAGAACUACCCAGGUCACGCCAUUCACUAUUUCCGUCUCAACUCCCCCUAGUUUGCCAGUGACGUCUACUACAACUCCCACUCUGUACCAUAAAUUAUUUACGUCCUCACCUGCACCGUCAACCGUGAAAGUAUCCACGAUGACGUCACUUACCCCGUCACUUCUUCCAAAGGAGGUUUUUGUAACCAAAAGUUUUAGAUCUACGACAGGUUACGCAAGGUGGUUUUGUGGUACAACACUGGUACAGUGGACACCAGAUAAGCCAGAUCUAAGCGGCUGUCGUUCUGCAUGGGUGGAUAAUCUAGACAACAGGAUCGAAGCCGAAGAGUCCAUGGUUAGGAUAGCUAUUGAUUUAGCUGACUUAACCCGAACAAAACCGAUGUAUGGCGGAGAUGUCCGACAGUCAACGAUUAUAAUGCAAAAACUAGUCGAUAAGUUGACACAUAAAAUUCGAAACGUUGGAGAAAGAAGGACUCGAUACACGAUCGUGCAAGAAGUGUUCCAGAAUUUAUUAGAAUCUUCAAGCAAUCUUAUUGAAGACACCCGAAGCGACUCCUGGCGGGACUUACCAGAACCUACGAAACAGUUGACGAUAUCUUCGCUCCUGGAAUCUUUAGAAAGAGUGACUUGGCUUUUAGCGGAUUACAGUCCCUUCGAACUACUACAGCGAGCCCAAAGUAAUAUUUUGGUGUCAGUCCGUCGAGUCCAUGCAUGGUCGAUGUCAAAUGUUCAAUUCCCGAGCUCGUAUGACAAAAGCGACCCCACUUGGAUUGAUGUUGAAGAUACAAUAGAAUUACCGACUCCGGCUUUAACUGAACAGUCAAGAAAUGGAAUUAUCCGUGUCCUUUUCCUUGCUUACAACAAACUUGAAACUUUGCUCACUUCAGCCAACCAACGUUCAACAGUGACCAGUGUAGAAAAACACAGAUCGUUCGUGGUCAACUCUCGCGUCCUCUCAGCUUCAUUAAAUCAGUACGGAAACCAAAACCUGAACCAACCGGUGAAAGUGACUUUCAGACAUAUACAGGAGGAAAACGUGACAAAUCCCCGCUGUGUGUUCUGGGAUGCAUCAUCAAGUGUUUGGUCUCAAGAAGGGUGUUGGGUGAAGUCCACGAACGUUUCCCACACCAUAUGUCUUUGCAAUCAUCUGACCAAUUUCGCUUUGCUGAUGGAAGUGACGUCAUCAUUUAAGGUAGAUGAACCGGACGUCUUUCCGAGCAUCGCCAUCUGGUGUGGAUGCGCAGUAUCAAUCGGUUGUUUAGCAGUAACCUUAACAGUCUUAUUCCUAGUCAGAGAUCUUCAGCAGAACUUUAACAUCGUACACAAACACAUCGGUGCUUUUUUUUUGUUGGCAGAGGUUAUGAUGCUCGUCCAGAGCGAAGCGGACAUCAGCAAAAAGAUAGCUUGUUUCGUGGUGGUCGGAUUGCUGCACUAUUUUCUGUUGGAAGUGUUUGUGUGGACCCUAGUGGACGCUGUCCACUUACUGCUCGUUGUUCGUGAUACUGGUCAGUCAUGGUUUGGCUGUGGCUGUGGGUGUGAACCCCUCUGGGUAUCUGUGUGA